AUGUCCAUCCCAGUACUACAGCAAACCCUCAAAGAUGCAAGCACUACCAUCACCGGAGACAGACCUACAUCAGAGGUCAUAGUGGACAGGAAGCUCGGCGAAGGGGGAUAUAAUGAGCUCUCUGGCUGGGACGACUCCACGACAUCUAAGUCUUUUGCUCUGCGCCUUCCGAAAUCAGAUACUGUCCUGCCUCACCAACUAUUAAACGAGGUCGCUUCCAUAUCCUUGAUAUCCGCAUUUCGCGCUGACGGACCGAACCCGUUUGUCGCUCAAGAAUACAUCGAUGGCGAGCCUUUGAGCAGUAUAUGGAAUCGCUAUACCGAGGCGGAGAAGCAUUCAGUCGCCUUGAAGAUCGCUGAGAUAAUUGUUGAUAUGGCGGAGACGCGUUUCAGUGCUAUAGGCGGAUUUGCCAGUCCCACAAGCUAUGCCCUUGGACCGACCGUAGAGGGAAGCAAACUUUUCAAGGGACGCGGUAAAUUUCAUUCCAAUAUAUGCUACCCCAUCGGUCCAUACAAAACCACAAAGGAAUACAUUCUCGCUUGCUACGACAAAGAGAUAUACUAUUAUACCCAUGCCCCCACGUCCGAUAUCGAUUCCGACUUUUUCGAACUCACGUCUGUCGAAGAUUUUGUGCAGCAGCUACGAGAUAAGAAGCGUCAGCUAGAGACUAGCUUUGUCGCUGAAGACGAGCCAUUUGUUUUCGUUCACGGAGACUUUCACGGUCGGAAUAUCAUCAUGCGUGGUACGCAUGUGCAAGCUGUCCUUGAUUGGGAGUUUGCAGGUGCGUAUCCUUUGGGUGAGCUAUUAGGAGGGAUGGGUGUCGAUGUCCUGGAAGUCGUCGACGACGAAUCAGAAGAGGAGAAUGCAUUUUGGAGCAGGGAGAUUGUACGUAGGGUUGAAGAGACGGCGAGACAAAGAGGAUGGGAUGAGAAGGAAUUGGCGCUGUUAUUGGGCAAUGGAGAUCCUGUCCUCGGUCAAGCAAGGAUAGAAAUGGUUCCGGCCGAUCCUUGA